CUUCUCAAAGAUGAAAGAGGGCACGGUCGUCUUUGCUGCUUCUCCAGGACUGUUGCUGCCUCCGCCGCCGCUUCAUUGCACAUUCAAGUGGAAAAUUUUCAGGAGUCAGCAGAAACAUUGUGUCCAAAAAAGACUGAGUCGCAGUUACCACCAAACCCUGGAGGAGACUCUCCCUGGAAAACUUCCCUUCGGUUUAUUUUCUUGAAAAGGCUCCAAGCUUUGGCUUGGAAAAUUCAACCGCCAAAAUUGAGCCCAGCAGCUGGAGCGGCAGCGAGAGCCCUGCCGAAAACAUGGAAAGGAUGAGUGACUCUGCUGAUAAGCCAAUUGACAACGAUGCAGAAGGGGUCUGGAGCCCUGACAUUGAGCAGAGCUUUCAGGAAGCCUUGGCUAUCUAUCCACCAUGUGGGAGGAGGAAAAUCAUCUUAUCAGAUGAAGGCAAGAUGUACGGUAGGAACGAAUUGAUAGCCAGAUACAUCAAACUCAGGACAGGGAAGACGAGGACCAGAAAACAGGUGUCUAGUCAUAUACAGGUCUUAGCAAGAAAGAAAGUUCGAGAAAUUCAAGCCGCCAUUAAGGUGUCUAGUCACAUUCAGGUUCUUGCCAGAAGGAAAUCUCGUGAUUUUCAUUCCAAGCUAAAGGUGACAAGCAUGGAUCAGACUGCAAAGGAUAAGGCCCUUCAGCAUAUGGCUGCCAUGUCAUCAGCCCAGAUCGUCUCAGCCACUGCCAUUCACAACAAGCUGGGGCUGCCUGGGAUUCCACGCCCCACCUUCCCGGGGGCUCCGGGGUUCUGGCCGGGAAUGAUACAAACAGGGCAGCCAGGAUCCUCACAAGACGUCAAGCCCUUCGUGCAGCAGGCCUACCCCAUCCAGCCAGCAGUUACAGCCCCCAUUCCAGGGUUUGAGCCUGCGUCAGCCCCAGCUCCCUCGGUCCCUGCCUGGCAAGGCCGCUCCAUUGGCACAACCAAACUUCGCCUGGUGGAAUUCUCCGCUUUCCUCGAACAGCAGCGAGACCCAGACUCGUACAACAAACACCUCUUCGUGCACAUUGGGCAUGCCAACCAUUCUUACAGUGACCCAUUGCUCGAAUCAGUGGACAUUCGUCAGAUUUAUGACAAAUUUCCUGAAAAGAAAGGUGGCUUAAAGGAACUGUUUGGAAAGGGCCCUCAAAAUGCCUUCUUCCUCGUAAAAUUCUGGGCCGAUUUAAACUGCAAUAUUCAAGAUGAUGCCGGGGCUUUUUACGGUGUAACCAGUCAGUAUGAGAGUUCUGAAAACAUGACAGUCACCUGUUCCACCAAAGUUUGCUCCUUUGGGAAGCAAGUAGUAGAAAAAGUAGAGACGGAGUAUGCAAGGUUUGAGAAUGGCCGAUUUGUAUACCGAAUAAACCGCUCCCCAAUGUGUGAAUAUAUGAUCAACUUCAUCCACAAGCUCAAACACUUGCCAGAGAAAUAUAUGAUGAAUAGUGUUUUGGAAAACUUCACAAUUUUAUUGGUGGUAACAAACAGGGAUACACAAGAAACUCUCCUCUGCAUGGCCUGUGUAUUUGAAGUUUCAAAUAGUGAACAUGGAGCACAACAUCAUAUUUACAGGCUUGUAAAAGACUGAACAUGGUUAUUUAUAUAUAUAGAUACCUGUAUAUAUACACACACACAUAUGUGCGCACACACACACACUCUCUCCAUUAUUGAAUGACUGACUGUAAACCUCACCGUGCAGGGGUUGUGCCCUGGCCCUGAGGUCACCCUACUUUUCUAAAUUCUGUUUGAGUGAAGUCAUUUUUUCAUGUAUUCAUACUAUCAUUGUAGCUGUGAAGUUCUGGUACAGUUGUAAAAAGAGAAAUCAAGUUGUUUCUAUGUGUUCUUCAGAUCUGCAGCCCACAAUUUCUCGGGAAAGGUGAACCUUAAGAACCCAAGUCUCUGUCUGCAGAGACCUGUUUCUAAUUGUGGAAGAAAAUAUUCAGACAGAGCAUUUGCCAUGAGACAUUUACAGCCUUUAUACAAAUGUAUUUAGUUCUUUUUUUUUCCAACAUAAAAUUCUUGUUUUAAGAUACAAGUAAAAUUAAUCUUUAAAUAUAAAUGUAAAUUAGUACAUGAAACUAAGAAUCUUUAGACUUAUCUUUGUAACUAAUUAGGGUGGAAGUUAUGAAAGAAUGUAAUUCACUAAAUUAUUUUUUAAAUGAAACUUUUCUUUCUUUUUGAAACCAAAUGUUAAAAUAUAGCCUUAAGAAAUGCUUGGUAGAAAUAUCCUAAUGAAACAAAUUUGUACUUUUUUCACAAAGUUAAAACUAAUCUCCUAAUCCAUUAAACUCUUAAACAGGUAUUACAAAGGAAGAAAACUUCACCCCUUAUCCUUAACAUAUAUAGUAUAUUUAAAAUAUAAAAUUGUAUUGUACUAAUGUGAUGAUUGAUUAUUUAAUGAAAAAGAAAAGAUGGCUCUUUUUGCAAUAAGUAGAUAAAUACUGAAAAUCUAAACUUACAACGUUUAUAGUCUUGUGUGUGCAGUUAUAUUUUAUAUGGACAACCAAAUUUUUUAUUAAGAUGAGUAAAUAUUUGAACCACUGAAAUUUAAUAACAAAAAUUAAAAUUGGCAUGAAUACUGCACUGUAAGCUGCAAAGUAUAGGAAAUUCCAUGGCUGGGAGAAAAUUUCAUCAACCAAACAAGUAAAAGGCUCAUCAGUUUUAGCAUCUCUGCUCUCCAGAAAUUCACAAGCAUCCUCACCAGCCUGUGGAUAAAUUGUUUAUUUCUGGUGAUCCAAUAUGCAUAUUAACUUGCUAUGACUAUAUGUGUAUGUAUGUGUUUAUAUAUACAUAUAUACACAUAUACAUAGAUAGUUAUUCAACACAUAUUUAUUGAACAUCUAUUUAGUGUCACUCAUUUUGCUAGGUGCUGAUAUGUGUAUAUAUAUCUCAGUCUGUUUCCGUAGAUCUAGAUAUAUUCUCUAAGGACAUCCAUUUUCUUGUCAUCUCUCAAUAAGUCACAGUACUUGUUUGACUGAGGUUCAAGAGGCCCAGCUAUCUAUCUCUGACCUUUUCAAACAGGCUCAUUUGAGAGGUUCUUUUCCCAGGAGAGAUUCAGCGAUCCAACCCAAAUAUUCCAAAGCACAGCCCAGGCAGAGUUGAUUCUAUGUAGCCACAUGUCUUGGGUGCUUCCCUGGGGAAUACCUCCAAUGGGCAUGCCCCCGACUUCCCAGAGAAAAGUGAUGUUUUAAUAGUUGUUAGGAAUAUGUUAAUACGAUAGAACAUGAAAUAAGUUUUAGAAGAUGUGAAACAUCUCAAGACUUUUCAUCAAGCCAGAAAAAUAUAAACUUUGUUUUAUCGCAUCCAAGAAACUUGGACACUCUCUUUUCUGUCUCACUGCUCUGACCCUGCUUGUAUAUUGGUUAGUAUCUGGUGGUUAUGAGCGUGAGGGUGUGGCUGGCUAAUGGCAAACAGAAGGACACUGGACCAAGCCUGACUUCUCCUGAAUUCAUGCCACUGGUCACUGGGAAGAUGAGAGGAGAAAGUGAAAAAUUUUCUCCAUUUGGAAUGUGCAUCCCUUACAUAAACUAGUAGGAUGGUGCCCAUCUUUCCUCCAUCAGAAACAGAAACUCUCAUCUGUUUUCUGAUUCCAAGAGGACCCUUGAAAAAUUGCCCCAGUUGUCUGCUCUUCCAUCUGCUCUUUAGCCCAAGCAUUUAAGCUUCUUCCAUGGUCAUCAUAUAUAUGACUUCUUUUGGUCACUCCUUUUAAUAAUGAUGUUUCUCUUGCUCCUUUCCUCAAGGGAAUCCCCGCUUUUCCAGAACCAGGAUCUGACGUGGCUCAGAACUUCAAGGAGGGAGGUAUCUGGUUCACAUUCCCACCCAGGAGUGGGCUCUUCUGUGCUGCCAGGAGGGCUCCUGGGAUUUACUUUCCAAAGCACAAGUAGACUGAGACCCAAGAAGACCAGCUAGAGGGUAGUUCUGUUGGCUGCAGAGAAGGGCAUACUCUGGUCUGCCGACUCAGAGCCAGACUGGGACCUCUGAUGCUUCUCUGCCAGUGUCCUCCAAAUGCCUUUGUAGUUGAGUUUGGCGGUAUACAUGAACCACCUUGAGGAUUACUUUUUGCUCUUAAAACACUUCUAAGAUCUGUUAAAGUUACUUCUUGUCUUGCUUUUCUAAAGUUUUCUCCAAGGCAGAUAUUUUCCAUAGCUUAUCCACAGGCCCAGUCACUCAGACGCUUGGUCCUCUCUCCGUCUCUCCCAAAUUAGACCCUGGGUUGGCAUUUGUGUUUAGCGUCUAAUCCGAGUCAGCCUUCGGUCAUUCAUCCUUUAUGGCAGAGUCUUUUCCCUUUGUCUGUAAAGCUUUCUAAACCAUAAGAAGCCUUUCCAAAGCUCUGUCCUCCCGUUCUCUCCCAGGUGCUCUGUCUCUUGGUGACCGCCCACCACCUACCAGAUUUGAUUCAGGGACAUCUCAUGCUUUCACUGGAGAAUUUGAAAGCCAGUUUUCCACAGCCUAAAUGUCAUAGCUGAAGAACUGGACUUUGGUCUGUUGGCAUUCUUUUCCAUCUUAGCAAGAGACCUGAAGUGGAAUCAGGACUUCUUCAAGAACAUGUCCUAAAAUUCCAGAAUGUUCAGGCUACCCUAGACCAGUGUCAGCUUCAGUACUGUUGACAUUUUGUACCAGAUAAUUCAUUGCUGUGUGGGGCUGUCCUGUGCAUUGUAGGAGCUUUAGCAGCAUCCCUGACCUCUGUUCACCAGGUGCUGGCAGCAGACCUUCCCCCAGUCGUCACAACCCAGAAUGUCUUCAGACUUUGCCAAAUGGUCCUGGGCACAAAAUUGUUCCUAGUUGAGAACCACCGCCCUAGAUCUUACAGGUCACAAAUGCCAUAUUCGAUAUUUUCUUUUUCCUUCCAGUUCACCCCAAGAUAACAUCUCUCCUUAUUUCAGGUCAUCAAGAGGCAGGCAGGGAUUUAAGCAAGUGACACUGUCAACGUUCUCUUCCUGUUUCAGAACCUCUGUUUCACAACAGAGUCCCUCUUGCCACAAGUAUUCUCACACUCAUCCCUGGGGAAGUGGAGAACAGCUGGUCACCAUCAUCCUUAUGAUCAGCUCACACCUAUUUAAAGAGCAUUUCUAAUUCGAUCUUCAACCCUGAGUUUACCAGUUUAAAAAAAAAAAAUCCCAGCGAUUUUCAUUAUUUCCCAUAAACUCAUGAGCCUCAUUAUCAAGCCUUUAAUCAUUUCAGUCAAUAUUUUCUGGUAUUCUUCUACUUUCUGCCUUACACUCAGUGCUGUUUGUGAUUUAUGGAAGCCUCAGGAACAUGUCUUUUCAUCUUCAAGGAUGGAGGAGGGAAGGAUUAGUUCCAAAGAGGGCUGAUAGAAUGUUUUCUUUAUUGAGCUAAGAGGGCAUAAUCUACUCUCCUUCAGUUUGUAGAUGAGAAAGUUGAGGCUCAGAGAAGACGUGACUUGCACAAAGUCACCCAGCUUGGUUAGAGACGGAAAUAAGGGUGAGGCUUUAGGAUGCCUGCCACUUAACCUUUGGCCUCUUCCGGUGAAGUUGUUCCUCUUUGGUGCUCACGCUUCGAUUAUCCCUACACAAUCAAUGGACAGGUUCAGUUCAGAAGAGCGAGGGAGAUGAAGAACCCGCCCUCCCCCACCAGAGCGACAGCAUCACCCCCAUGCUGAUGCUGCUGCUUCUCAUACUGGAGGUCUUGUCUGGCUGGAGCUAUCCGAGCAUCUGCAAGCAGAAAGGAAAGCUGAUGAGCCUUUUCAAUUACUCUGAGGACAGUUCACCUGCCACAGGCUUUGAGUCAAAUGUCUGUUUUCUAAGCAUCCCAGCAGCGACGUCCUGCACUCAGACCAGCCAAAAAACAGGCCCCCGUUCCAAGCACUUGGUGUUACCAUUCCCCGAAUGACUUUAAAACCCAAGUCGUUAGGUUUCAGUACUGUAGUGGCUUUAGCAGUUUGUUUUUGUGCAACCGUAAAUUAUUUAAGUCAUAUGAUAUGACAGUCAAUUUUACAAACCAGGUACAUAUAAUUUGUAUAAUUUUGUAUAUGCUCUGGUACACUACACUUGUCCUAAUGAAGGAUAGAACCAGUUUUGUUUGUCGGUGUUCACACCUGUGACAUUAAGAGGAUAUGUCUGCAUUGCUCAUUUCUUUAUGUUGAUGUUUCUGUGGCAAAGCCCUGCACAUGUCAUUUCUGAAAAGCCUUAAAUCUUUGAGAUGUUGCGUGUAGGGUAUGCAGUGCAAAAGGCUGCCUCGGAACUGUGAGCCCUUUUGUAAGCUGGAAGCAUUUCUCUUAACUACUGUUACUUUUUUAGGAAGUUUUAAAUUCAGAGCUGCCAAAGCGUUCCAGUAAGCAGUGCCUUAGUGAUACCUUAGUCGUGCCGCCAGCCUUUUCUCACUCCAGUUCUCAAUGUCCAUUUACUAAUUGGCCCGACAUUUUAAAAAGAACAAGCAAAACAUUUUAUUUUGUUUCGUAAGCCCAUUUUUCUCCAGUUCACUAGGAAACUGACUGGUCGGUCUAAAAUCUGAAACCGAACCUAAGUUCUUUGACCACACCCUCAAAUGUAUAUACCAAAAUGAAAGGUUUUGCAACUUCAUAGUUUACUAUGAAAAGCAAAUUGUACUUUUAAUGUUGCCUUUUAAAUUCACGACCAAAUACUUAGCUAUUUGUGAAUCUUCUGCACUCUAGCAUGAAAGUGCCUUUGGUUUGAGAUUCCGGCUUAGAAAAGUGCUGCCACGAUAAUGAUAAUUUGUAGAGAGACCAAAAAUAUUUUGAGAUCACCGUAAUGCCUUUGGUUUACCGGGAUGAGCAACCGACCACAGGCCUCUGUUCGCAAGAGCACGGCGUUGGACCCCGCCCGCUGGGAGUCUGUCUGCCAUGGGAGGGUCCCCCACCGCCACUCAUCAGGAGCAAACUGCAGCAGGAGGGAGCCAGGAACUGUUCUAUCAGUGUGUGCCGAUGACCCAGUGUGUCAUCUCCGCUCGUCACCUAGCCCUGCAUCCGCAUGAGGGAACUUCCACACAAACAACAGACUCCCAGCCGGUGGACAGGUUUGUCCUUCUGAUGUCCGUGUUCAGUCUCCGCGGAGGCUUUCUUUUCCAUUCAGAUGACAGUGCGCACUUAUCUGGUUUACACAAUGAUACCAUUUUGAAAGUUGGAAGCCUCAAACUGAGAUGACAGUGCAGAACAAAAAUGAGUUAGGGUCAUGACAAUUGCAGUGUUCUUCUUAGGGCGAAAAUGUGGACUCUGAGUGUUGUGUAUGAAUGUGCUGUGGGAAACUUCCAAAGAGCGCCAUUCACAAUUCGGCAUUUUCAAAGAAUGUUCCAGCCCUCAAAAGGGCCGUUCUUUAAAGUUCGAGUUGGCUUUCAUCAAACCCUUGUAUAAAUUGGGAAAGCCGAUAGAGGUAAGGAAGAGGAGUGAAAAGGACAAGAAUGCAAAAACACCAGCCAAACAAAAGCCAAGGAAAAAGAUUUUUUUUUGUUUGUUUGUUUUUUUAACCAAUAUAGACUUAAAAAUGACUUCAAACAUCUUCGAAAGUUAGCCUCUGGACUCUUAAUGCAUAUGUUCCGUCUGUCUCUACCUAGUGUCUUUACGAAUACCCUCUCUGGGCUCUAAAAUUUCAGGAGUGAUUUCUAUCCACACCAAGUUGUGAGUAUUUGUAGAAUUUCUACAAGAGAAAAAAAAAAAUCAGAUGAAAAGGAAAAUUACUCAAUAUGAGUUAUAGUGAACUGCUCAAAUUCGGCCCCUCCCUGUCAGUAUACUGUACCACACACUUGGAAGAAAUUAGUCAAAUACUUGUUUCCUCUUCUCUUUUCAACUGUUACUGUGCUUUGUUUGGCAAUAGUUUUCCUCUCAGAAACUCAUUGCUUAUAUCAUUAAGAAUGAAGGGUAUGUGUUUAAAAUUUUUUGCAUUGCAAAGGAUAGUUUCACCGAAGUCAUGCACCGUAAAUAAGAUGAAAUAUUGUAUUUAUUGUCCUACUUCUAAGCCGUAACUUGUUUUCUUCUCUGUGAAUUUGCAUUGAGUCAGUCAUAUGCCACACUACAUCAUUUUGUUAUUUGAAACGGCACUUAUGUUUCCCACUCAUUCAUCCAAUGGGGUCAGAUUCUAGUAGAGUCCACCUCUCAGGAUGAUUCUCUUAUGUCUGGCUUCCAUUAUGAGAUUGUUUCUUCUUCCCCUUUCUCUAAGAGAGGCUGACGGAAUCUAGGCGUAAGUCAAUUGGAAACCAGUCUCUGAUUUUUUUCACAUCAGUCAUUUUCUGUGAUUAGUUUCACUGUGUAAAUUAGAUAUUAACUGCACUUCUUGAAAAAAAAAAAAAAUCUCCCUGUUACCUCCUUGAAAGAUUCACUUCUGUAGGCCUUUUUCAAUAGGCUCAUGACUGCAGAUAAAGAAAAAGUAAAAACUAAAACAGUAUGUGCCUGAAAAACGACUAAAAAAAUUUUGUAACACUUAAAAAAGAAACCUGAAUAGCCUUUAAUUCUUUAAUAUGCUUAAAUUUUAUGUAAAUCAGUUUUUGCCACGUGUGUUUGUUCACAUUCUAAAUGACUUAAUGGGAUUCUCACGGUCUGUGUCUUCAUGUCACAUGUAUAAAUUGGGCUUGUGAUGUAAGCGUUUCAUCUGGUCAGUGGUUCCUUUGAUAUUGUACUGCUGCUGGGAGUGGGCUACAGAAACUGCCUUUGGGUAAUAAGGUUUCUCUUGGGUAGAUUGGAGAGAUGGGGGGUGGGGGUCAAAUUCUCACACGUUUUCUUAACCUAUUUGCAGAAACUUUUAAAAGGCAUUUGGUUAAACCUCUUGGCAGUACAGUAUUCUCGUAUUUGUUAACGUCUGUGUUUAGGUACUGGUACCUUUUUGUUUAAAAAUGUUCUAAGUGUUGGCUUUAAAGUGAAUUUAUCUUUAGUAUGAUAGUUAUAUGAAAAUUAUAGGGUUUGUGUGCAGAGAAUUUUUUUAUAAAGUGCUUUGUAAAAAAAAAAAAAUGUAUUCUAGCUUUCGCGGUACAUAUGUGUGAUAACUUUAAUAUCCAUGACAGUUAAGUGCAAUUAUUUCAUCACUCUAAAAAUGCUAUUUUUGUGUCAGUUCCUGCAGGUGUUUUCAUGUCUUUGCAAAGUGACACAUUUUGAUGCCUUCUUGAUAAAGUGGUAGACAUUUUGUAGCUUUCUAGAAACUUUGUAUUCAUACGGUAUCAAUGAAAAAUAAAGAAAAUGAAAGUGUGGGUCACCUUUU